AUGGAAGGAAACAUGAUGAAUUUGGCCUUCGUACCAGGGUUAAUCCCUGCUUCUAACAGAUGUGAUAUAGCUGCAGGAAUUGGUGAAGUUUGUGAAGUGCCGGUCACUCAUGACACACCAGGAUAUUCUGAUGCAGAACUGAUGUCAAAUAAUCUACAGCAAAGAAUUCCUGUCAACAUCCAGCACUCCAGUGGUUCAUCAAUAAGAAUUGUGCUUCUGGGUAAAAGUGGUGUUGGGAAAAGUGCAGCUGGAAACACAAUACUGGGAGAGAAAGAAUUUAAAUCUGACCUGAGUAUGGAUUCAGUAACAACUGAAUGUACAGAUGCUCGUGCCACUGUUUCAGACAGAUCUGUGUCUGUAGUUGAUACUCCUGGAUUCUUUGACACAGAGAUGGACCCUGAAAAGUUAAUAACAGAGAUAGCGAGAAGUGUUUAUUUAUCCAGUCCUGGACCUCACGCUUUUCUCAUUGUGUUUCCUGUGAAUAAUAGAUUCACUGAACAGGAGCAGCAGAUUCCUCAGAUGAUUGAGAUGUUGUUUGGUCAGGAGGUGUUAAAAUACUCCAUCAUUCUCUUCACUCAUGGAGAUCUGCUGAAAGGAAAGUCAGUAGUUAACCUUAUUGAGAGCAACAGUAGAUUAAACCGUCUAGUAGGUCAAUGUGGAGGCAGAUAUCACAUCUUCAACAAUGAAGAUGAGAAUAACAGAGAGCAGGUGAAUGAUCUGCUGCAGAAGAUUGACAAAAUGAUAGAGCAGAAUGGAGGAGGACUCUACAGUAAUCAGAUGUUUGAAGAUGCUCUGAGAUUCAGACAAGAGGAAGAAGAGCAGAGACAGAGAGAGGAGGAGGAGAGACAGAGAGAGGAAGAGGAGAGAAGACAAGAGAAGGAGAAACAAAGACAAGAGGAGCUUGAGAGAGUGAGAAAGGAGACCGAGGAGAGAGUCAGAGCAGAGAUAACCAAGAGAGAACGUAGGAGGAAAGUGAGAAAACCGCAACGACUAAAACCAGAGAAGAUUGAGAAGAAGAAUAAAGAAGCAAGCAAUGGAUUUCUGCUGUUUUUAUCUAAGUAUAAGUGUCAUUUUUGUAUGGCAGCCAUUGCAGCUGGUUUUGUAGUUGGUGGUUCAGUAGGAGGAGCUGUAGUUUAUGGAGCUGUUGGUGGAGCUGUUUUUGGUGGAGCU